AUUCCAGUUCUUAUAGUAUCUCAAUAACAAAGGCAAGUUAUGUGUCUAUACAUAUAUUUAUAUUAAUUAAGUACUUUAAUUUAAAAUGUACUUGAAGCUUUUUUUGAUCUUCUUUAUUUGUAAUAUUGUUAAAGUGAAUUUAGAAAGUGGUGAACCGUUUGUUUCUCCCAUACUAACUCCAAAACCAAGACCCUCAAAUGUGUUUUCUUACAAUGGAAAAAGGUAUUAUAUAGGCUCUGUAUUCAAGGCAAAUUACUUCAAAGCAACACAAUAUUGUAGAGAACAAGGAAUGCAAUUACUAAGUAUAUCCAAUCACCUUGAAAAUGAAAAACUUGGAAAAUUUAUUGGCGAUAAAGGUUUGGCAUUAACUUGGUUUUGGACCUCAGGUACAAAUUUGGUAAAUGAUUGGACACCAGGCACAAAUUUGGCAGGUGAAUGGGUAUGGUUGUCCACUGGACAACAGUAUACUUAUACAAAUUGGUUUAUUAACGAACCAAGUAAUGUAACUUCUGACAACAGAGCGGAAAAUUGUAUGAUCGCCUUUCUCUCUAUAGGUCAGCAUGGAUUUGCUUGGAACGACGUAGUAUGUGAAACAAAGUGUUUUUUUAUUUGUGAAACCAUUUCUAAUUGUUCCUAAGAGAAUGUAAAAAAUACUCUAAUAAAAUCAGAGUGUGCGUAUC